GGGCGCCUAUAACAGCGGCGGGGCCGGCGCCGCGCUGCGUUACGCCGCUGGGCAGCCCGUGGCUGGACGGCACCGGCGCCGCCGCUCUCCUCGCUCGGGUGAGGACCGGGCGCCCCGCGGCUCACUGGUACGUGGUGAGGUGCCAACUGUUGAACUAUGACAUUCAACAAGAUGUGGUGUACCAUAGCUCUUGGACUUCUGCUGCCUUUUUCUUAUGCCCAUACGGACUUCUUCACUUCCAUUGGUCAUAUGACAGACUUAAUUAAUACAGAAAAAGAUCUGGUGGUGUCACUGAAAGAUUACAUCAAGGCAGAAGAAAGCAAGCUGGAACAGAUUAAAAAAUGGGCAGAGAAGUUGGAUCAGCUGACAGAUACUGCUACGAAAGACCCAGAAGGGUUUUUGGGACACCCUGUAAAUGCAUUCAAGUUGAUGAAACGCCUUAACACAGAGUGGGGUGAGCUGGAGAGCCUUGUUCUGAAGGACAUGUCAGAUGGCUUUAUCUCAAACAUGACUAUCCAGCGGCAGUUUUUCCCCAAUGACGAAGAUCAGACUGGUGCAGCAAAAGCUCUCUUGAGACUUCAAGAUACGUAUAAUUUGGACACAGACACCCUCUCAAGAGGCAAUCUUCCAGGUGUGAAGCACAAAUCCUUUUUAACAGCUGAGGAUUGCUUUGAGCUGGGGAAGAUUGCCUACACUGAAGCUGACUACUACCACACUGAGCUCUGGAUGGAACAAGCUCUGAAGCAAUUGGAUGAGGGAGAAGUGUCUUCUGCAGAUAAAGUCUACAUCCUGGACUACCUGAGUUAUGCUGUGUAUCAGCAGGGGGAUCUAGGCAAAGCCAUGAUGCUCACUAAACGCCUUCUGGAACUGGAUCCUGAACAUCAAAGAGCAAAUGGGAACAUGAAAUAUUUUGAAUAUAUCAUGGCUAAAGAAAAAGAAGCCAAUAAGUCCAGUACAGAUUCAGAAGACCAGUCGGAGAGGGAAACUGAGGUUAAGAAAAAGGAUUACCUGCCUGAGAGAAGGAAGUACGAAAUGCUGUGCCGUGGGGAGGGUCUCAAAAUGACUCCUCAGAGACAAAAAAGGCUCUUCUGCCGCUACUAUGAUGGGAACAGGAAUCCGAGAUACAUCCUGGGCCCUGUCAAACAGGAAGAUGAGUGGGACAAACCUCGCAUUGUUCGCUUCCAUGACAUCAUCUCUGACGAAGAGAUCAAAACUGUGAAGGAACUAGCAAAGCCAAGGCUGAGCCGUGCUACUGUUCAUGACCCUGAGACUGGGAAACUGACCACAGCACAUUACAGAGUCUCUAAGAGUGCUUGGUUGUCUGGCUAUGAAAGCCCUGUGGUAUCUCGGAUCAACACAAGGAUACAGGACCUAACAGGACUUGAUGUCUCCACAGCAGAGGAACUACAGGUAGCCAACUACGGAGUAGGAGGCCAGUAUGAGCCUCAUUUUGAUUUUGGAAGGAAAGACGAGCCAGAUGCUUUUAAGGAAUUGGGAACAGGCAACAGAAUUGCUACUUGGUUGUUUUAUAUGAGUGAUGUGUCAGCAGGGGGAGCUACUGUCUUUCCUGAAGUAGGAGCUAGUGUUUGGCCCAAGAAGGGAACUGCUGUGUUCUGGUACAACCUGUUCCCCAGUGGAGAGGGAGACUACAGCACCCGGCACGCCGCCUGCCCCGUCCUGGUUGGCAACAAGUGGGUAUCCAACAAAUGGCUCCAUGAGCGGGGACAGGAAUUCCGAAGGCCGUGCACUUUAUCAGAGUUGGAAUGAUGCAGAACUCGUCCUUCGCCUCUCUGCGUUCAGUUUGUGUAAAAUGAACACAUCUCCUACAGUUUACAAUUGACUAACACUCCACUACAGGUUCAAUCUUCAACUACACCCGUGUUUCAUCUGUGGACAAAAACAAACAUGCUUUUAGUUCUCUUAAAAUAUCCCCUUAGAGUUUUAUGGACAGAAUACAUUAAGGUCUAAGAGUUACAGACAAAAAAAAAGGACAAAUACAGAUCAGGGCCACAGCUACCCCGGGGUGUUGUGUGUGGUGUUCCCCAUACCACUGCCCCUCUGAGCAGCACAGAAAGACUCGAGUCCUCCUCCUGCCUGCCAGUCAGCUAAGGGUAGGCUGAUUUUUCAGGAGGGAGGGCUCUAUUUUAAGGAAGGAUGAAUUAAACCAGUUCCUAUUCCUCAGUUUGCAGACGUUUGACUCCUUGGUUUUCUGGAGUGCCUGACCACUGCUGUUGAGAACGGUGGCCACGGUUGGUGCUUCUCUGGGGAACAGGUUAUCAUCAUGUUUUAGCCUGGUUUUCUGCUGCUACAGAGGCUCCAGUUUUUCAACUGCUUCUGUGGUGAAUUUGCCCUUUAACCUUGAAAAUGUGAGCCAGCAGUUACAUCUGCAUAGAUGAGAUGCUUCAUGGCAGACACAUGCCUGCACCACAGCAACCUGACAACACUUACAGCCCAUCUUCCCUCCUUGGUCUUUUUUUCUUUGUUGGUCCAUAUAAACAACUGCUGCUUUUAUUCUGUCUGAGCAGUCAACUCUUAGGUCUGUUCCUGGGGCAGUGGGGAUGGCAAUGUUACCAUCUUCAUCAGUCAAAGUCACCAUGCCUUAGGACACUGGAAUUUUGAACUGGUUAUGAGACUUCAGGUGAUGAUGUAACACAGGGACCUCGGAACUCUGCACCCUCAUCCUCCCAGUACUUGAGGUUUUGAGAGCCAGAUGACCUAUUUAUAAUCCUAAGUCUUUCUUAGAUGCUUAUUAUGUGGAAGUGUUUUUUGUGCUGUGGAUGCCUUUAAUCCUGAGGGCACUGUUGGCUCAGGAUGCCUGAGAAGGUGCCUGCUGGGGUGGGUCACUCACCUCGUGGAAGCUGCCUCCCCUCUCCUCAGCUGGCACCCGGGAGUGAGGGAGCACUGGGAAGGGGCCUCCUCCUGGGGCUGCUCACAUCACUGCUGCUCUUCCAGAGCUGAAGCCUGUCUGGUUCCCCACAGAAAAAAGUGUCCCCAAAGGCAGUAGUUGCCACAACUGGCAGAAGUCAAAAGUGACUUUUGGGGGACAUUAGUUUGUGACGAGUUAUCCUUACACUGAGAUGAAGUUGAAACCUCUGAGGGAGAUGAGACUGUGGUUGCUGUAGCUAUUGAACUUCCCUUCUGCUCAUCAGCUUCCUGCAGGAGGAAUAACUUCAGCCACGGAAGAGCUCAGCAGGGUGGGGAGGGGCUGUGGGGAAGGUUCCCUUUCCCAACUUGUUUCUCCAACAGCAGGAUUUUUAGCAAAACAUCUAAAAAUUCCACUAGCACAGGGACAAGAAUCAAAGUGAGCUGUGCCAGGCUCUGCCUCAACAGUCUGAUUUUCUGGAUGAUGAUGAUUCACAGCAUUAGGGGUCAAGCCUGAAGUCUUUACCAAGGGAAAAAUUCCAAUUGCAGUGAAUUGGAUUUUCUGCCUCAAUAAAAUCUUGAAAAUGAAGCCAAAAGGUAGAUGAAACCAACAGUUACCAUGUUAGGAAUACCUCUGGAAUACUGAGAAUGCAGUUUAAGGUACUAAUGUUUGAGGAACUGCAUCCUUUCAGAUGACACUUUAAAAUAGUUGCUGGAAAAGGGGUUGUUAUAUUUGUACUGAGCCUGUUGAUGAUGGGCCCUACGUCAGUGCUUGCCUUAGCCCUGCCUUGCCUUGCUUUGUGCCUGUGCUUCUGGCAGAUGUGAAACAAAGUCCAUCCAGCACUUCAGAAAACAAAUAAAAAGCAGGAGUUCCACCUCA